UCUCCCUCCCUCUCGCUCUCUCUCGCUGUGUUGUGUGGCAAUGGAAGGAUCGGUUCCAGCGAGACUCCUCAGGAGGAGAACGCGUGCUCCCAAGCCUUCGCCUCCCAUGGACCCAUCGUUGGAUACUUCCGAAUCGGAAGGGGAUUGCUAUGGCGACACCUACUGCGAGGAAUGUGGGUCCGGCGAGCACGACGCCGAGCUUCUGCUGUGCGACAAGUGCGACCGAGGGUUUCACCUCUUCUGCCUCAGACCCAUCCUCGCCUCCGUCCCCAAGGGCUCCUGGUUCUGCCCUUCUUGCUCGCUUCACUCGAAGCCCACAACAUUUCCAUUGGUCCAGACAAAAAUUAUUGAUUUCUUCCGCAUUCAGCGGUCUUCAGAAUCAACCCAGAAGUUGAGCCAGGAUUGCAAAAAGAGGCGAAAGCGAACAAGUAGUUUGGUAAUGUCAAAGAAGAGGAGACGACUUUUGCCAUUCAAUCCAAGUGAGGAUCCGGUAAUGAGGAUGAAACAAAUGGCAUCCCUAGCAACUGCAUUGACAGCAACCAAUACUAAAUUCAGUAAUGAGCUCACUUACGUGCCUGGCAUGGCUCCGAAGUCGGCCAAUCGUGCAGUUAUUGAGCGAGGGGGAAUGCAGGUUUUGUCAAGAGAAGAUACUGAAACCUUAAAUUUGUGCAAGAGCAUGAUUGAGAGAGGGGAAUGCCCACCCCUAAUGGUAGUUUUUGAUCCUAAAGAAGGGUUCACCGUAGAAGCAGAUAGGUUCAUAAGGGAUUUAACUAUAAUUGCUGAGUAUGUUGGUGACGUUGAUUACUUAGAAAAUCGUGAAAAUGAUGAUGGGGAUAGCAUGAUGACACUGAUUACUGCAGCUGAUCCUUCAAAAAGCCUUGUCAUUUGUCCUGACAAACGUUCAAACAUUGCGCGCUUCAUCAAUGGCAUCAACAAUCAUACACUGGAAGGGAAGAAGAAACAGAACCUAAAGUGUGUGAGAUUUGACGUCAAUGGUGAGUGCAGGGUUUUACUGAUUGCAAACAGAGAUAUACCCAAGGGAGAGAGAUUGUAUUAUGAUUACAAUGGGUACGAACAUGAGUACCCAACUCAUCACUUUGUUUAAUCCUCUUUUCUUUUACUCACCCUCACGGCUGAAUGGAAGUAGUUGGCAACUAACAGGGUUAGAUCGUAGAUGUACAUUCAUUUUUGUUGUUGAGAACAAAUCAACUGGAAUGAUCUUGUCUGUAUUCCCAUGAUUUUCAAGUUAAUUCAACUUCUUUGUGUAAGAACAAUACAAUCUUGAAGAAAUAAAGAAUCAUUUGUUUUAUUUGAA